UUAAACCCGUCGUUCCGCAUUUGAAGCUAGCUCCAGAGCCAGUGUCGGUACAAACGGAGCAGGAGCGACAUUAACCGCUGAUAUGGACUUAAAAACGAGUUAUUCUCAUUAAUGGCAACAUAAAGACUUUAAUCCAACACCUGGAAGGACUUUAAUGACUGCGUAAAGCUCGUGAAGACGGUGAUUUAAAUGCCGCAGCAAUGAGCGGCAGCCCUGCGUACCUCCAGAUGGAGGAGGUCAGGAGGAGAUCGAACUCCCUCCUGUCCUCCUCGGGUUUGGCCCAGGAUGUGAAGGCGGAGGUCCAGACGAUGGCCGGCAUCCCGCUGCCUCUGUCGGAGAAGUACCUUCACUUUGGAGUGGAGGCCAUGUUGAAGGAGAACACGACCGGCCGCAACAGACAGGAGGUCCUGGAGUCCUUGAACAGACUGGUCAAGGCCUUGAGUAUCCUGGAGAAGUACGGCUGUAACCUGACCAGUCCCACCAGGCCCAGAUACUGGAGGAGCGUCAAGCACAACAACCCGGUGUUCAGAACGACCGUGGACGCCAUCAAGGGAGGGCGGAGAGUCCUCUACCUGUACGGUUACACCAAUCAGCAGAUAGACGGCCUCAGUUUCCCGGAUGAAGUCACCGAACCAGACACGGAAAAAGUGGCCGCGGUGACGCUGGAGGUCAUGACCUUACGCACAGAGGUGGACAUGAUCGUCAAGGGCACCCAUCCUCACCUAGAACACUUCAAAGAUAUCAUCCCAUUUGUCAUCCAGCAGGACAAGCUGGUGAGUGACGCUGUGGUCAUCCCGGCUGGAGAGGAGCAGCAGAGAGACAAACCCCAGGUUGUGACUCCUCCUCAGGUUGUGACUCCUCCUCAGGUUGUGACUCCUCCACCUAAACCUGCUCAGAGUCCCGGAGGACAACCUCUGAAACCGUUGACAGGCUCUCCGGCAGUGAGUGAGUGUAAUCUCUGUGGCGGUCCUUCGUCUCUGGUUUGCCCGUCUUGUGACAGUCGGCCUUUCUGUGACGCGUGCGAUGACCUCUUCCACCGCCACCCCGCCAGAGCCAAUCACAAGAGAGAAAAAAUACUGAAAGACAAACAGGAGAGCUGCAGCAUCUGUGGGAUUUCCUCCGUGCACGCUCAGUGCUCCACUUGUGUCCAGAGAUUGUGUUUGAACUGUGACAAGCUUUUCCACUCUCACCCUGACCGCAAAGGACACAACAGAACCAUUAUGACUCCAGCUAAAACAUCCAGUCUGUCUCUGUCGCCCUGGGAGUGCGGUCAUUGCACUACAGUGAACGAGAUGCGAGCCGUCCUCUGCGCGACCUGCGAGCGGCCUCGACUCGCUACAGCCGCGUCCGCCGUUCAAGAAAGCCCGAUGUCGGUUCCCACAUCUCCCAACACAGAGUGGCAGUGUAAGAGCUGUACCGUCGUGAAUCAAGGCAGCAGCAUCCUCUGUGAGGUGUGCGAGCGCCCUCGUCUGGCCACUCGCCCGCCUGCCACACCGGCGCUGUCCUGCCCCGGAUCUCUGUCUGACUCCGGAACGAAGUGGAUGUGUCAGUUCUGCACGUACAUGAACACCAAGCCCACUCUGGUGUGUGAGAUGUGCAACCUGUCGGGUAAAGACUCGGCUGGAGUUUCUCUGCCUCAGUCCCUCCAGCAGACUCCGUCCAGCGCUAAAGAGCCACCCCAGCCGGGCGUGAAGCCCCAACCGGGCGCGAACCCUCAGCCGGGCGUGAAGCCUCAGCCAAAGCCCAGAGUCAACCCGGAGCUGAGGAGACAGAACAUGAUGAAGGAGGACGGGCUCAUUCUCAUCCACCAGAUCAGAGAAGCAGAAAAGAGUGGCGUGAGUCCCGAGGAGGUGUACGCAGCCCUCUGCGUGUGCGGCGGCAGCAACACGAACCCCUCUGAUUGGCUGACGUCGGAGCUGCCUCACCUGCUGGAUGAAAUCUGCGCCAUGGCGGCGUCCGUCCAGCUAAACUACAAAGCAGGGGAUUCUGGGACGCAACCCGCGGUGGAGAGAGACGGCGUGGAGCCGGAGCAGAGCGCUCCUAACGUCACGGGCGGAGGUGUGAAGCUGUCCAGAGCCGAGGCCAAGGUGGCGUGGUUGACGGCGGGAGGAGACGCAGACAAAGCAGUGAGACAGCUGCUGAGAGACAGACAGUUCAAGAUGAAGGCGCUGCAGUCUCUGGGCUUCAGAGACGCGUUGCAGUGUGAGGAGGCCCUUCGGCUGAGCGGAGGGGAGUUGAAGGGGGCUUUGUCUCUGCUUCAGCGACCACUCCUGGAGCCCUUCCACCAGCGCAUCUGGGCCGACCAGCCGGAGCCGCCGAUUGAUCCGAAGAACCCAGACAAACAGAGGAUGUGCAGGCGUCUGCUGGCGCUGUACGACCUGCCCAGCUGGGGGCGCUGCGAGCUCGUCCUCUCCUUGCUUCAGGAGCCGGACGUCACCUACUCUCUGGAGGACGUAGUGCAAGCUGUGAAAGAGUCGCACGACAAAGAUUUCAUCAGGCGUCUGCUCAACAACGAGUGCCCCAUCUGUCUGUCCAUCUUCCCCCGCAGCAAGAUGCAGUCUCUGACUUCCUGUCAGUGCUCCGUGUGUCACGACUGCUUCGGGCAGCACUUCACCAUCGCCAUCAGAGACAAACACAUCCGAGACAUGGUGUGUCCCGUCUGCAGCGGGCCGGACAUCAACGACCCCGAACAACUCGACAGCUACUUCUCCACGCUGGACAUACAGCUGCGUGACUGCCUGGAGACGGACGUGUACAAUCUGUAUCAUAAAAAGUUGACCGAGCACGCUCUGAUGAAAGAUCCAAAGUUCCUGUGGUGUUAUCACUGCACCUCCGGGUUCAUCAACGAAGGAGACCAGCUGAAGGUCACCUGCCUGUCUUGCCGCAAGAGUUUCUGCGCUCAGUGCAAGAAACCUUGGGAGCCUCAGCACCAGGAUCUGUCCUGUGAGCAGUUCCAGCAGUGGAAGAGGGAGAACGAUCCGGAGUACCAGAGGCAGGGCCUCGCCGGCUACCUGAGAGACAACGGCAUCACCUGCCCUCACUGCAGGUACCAGUACGCUCUGGCGAAAGGCGGCUGCAUGCACUUCAGCUGCUCCCAGUGCAGGUACCAGUUCUGCAGCGGCUGCAACAACCCCUACCACAAGAUGGGAUGUAAAGUGGCCCAGUGCCCUUUCACCGGUCUACAUGCUCAUCACCCGCGCGACUGUCUCUUCUAUCUCCGGGACUGGGAGCCGGCCAGACUACAGGACCUGCUGCAGAGGAGCGGUGUGGAGUUCAACACGGAUCCUUCUACUGGAACCCAAACUGACGCCUGUUGUGUGAUGGAGCAGAAAGAUGAAGCAGGUCAGCAGAUUGAUUCUCCGUGUGGCAUCCAAACACAGCCGGGACAAGCUGGACUCUGCGAGAAGCACUACAAGGAGUACCUGGUGAGUCUGAUAAACGCCCACUCUCUGGACCCGGCUCUGCUCUACGACGCCCAGGAGGUGAUUCGGGCCUGUGAGAGAUACCAGGUGGACGCGCAGAGAGGAGAGAACGAGGACGACAACGCGUACGGCGCUCGGAUGCUGAAGAAACUGAUGGAGGUUCCUCUCGGAGAAAAAGUUCCUCGAAACAAAUAAAUAAAGAAAGCUUCGUCAGCAGAAAAUCACCAGCCUCCUGAAAUCACCCCCCCCCCAAAAAACACUGACAGAGAAUUUUGUUGAAGCCGGACGUUCAUCGACUUCUAUUAGCAGACAGUUUGUUUGUUUGUAUUUGUGUUUUUCUUUCCUCGUUGUUGAUCAGUCCGAACAGGUCGAGCUGCUUCUUCUCCGUGAUUUUAAUCUCAGUUUUGCAAAACUUUUUUUUUUUUUUUUCUUUAAAGAAGGAAUUUAUUUGCGGUAUUGGUUUGUUGUUGUUGUUGUUGUUGUUGUUGUUGUUGUUUUAAUCUCAGAAUAUUGUAGCAGUACUACAGAUUAUACAAACAUAUACAGAGAGAGAUUAAACAUUCGCUGUCUGUCGGAGGUUUCUCUUUAUAUGUGAUGGAUGAAUCAGACUCCAUAAAUAAAGAUGAUUAUUUUGAAA